GGGAGCCGGGGGCCCAGCCCUGCAGGGAAGUGGGAAGUGGGUUCCAGUCCCGGCCGAGAGCGCGGGCACCGAGCGGACAGACCUGGACCCCCCGUCCCCCCAACCGCCGCCGGGCCAUGGCGCCCCCGGGGCUCCUGGUGGCCGGCGCCUCCUUCCUCGCGUUCCGAGGGCUGCACUGGGGUCUGCGGCGGCUGCCCACGCCGGAAUUGGCCGCUCGGGACCGCUGGCAGUGGCGGAACCUCUGCGUCUCCCUGGCGCACAGCCUGCUCUCGGGGGCCGGGGCGCUGCUCGGCCUGUCACUGUACCCUCAGAUGGCCGCCGACCCCAUCCAUGGCCACCCGCGCUGGGCCCUGGUGCUGGUGGCUGUGUCUGUGGGUUACUUCCUGGCAGACGGAGCUGACCUGCUGUGGAACCAGACCUUGGGCAAGACCUGGGAUCUUCUCUGUCAUCAUUUGGUGGUGGUGAGCUGCCUCAGCACCGCUGUUCUGUCUGGCCGCUAUGUGGGCUUCUCCAUGGUGUCUCUGCUUCUGGAGUUGAACUCUGCCUGCUUGCACCUGCGGAAGCUGCUGUUGCUGUCUCGCCAGGCCCCAUCCCUGGCCUUCAGUGUGACCAGCUGGGCCUCCUUGGCCACCCUGGCCCUCUUCCGCCUGGUCCCGCUAGGGUGGAUGAGUCUGUGGCUAUUCCGGCAGCGCCACCAGGUUCCUCUUGCUCUGGUCACCCUGGGUGGAAUUGGGCUGGUGACUGUGGGCGUCAUGAGCAUCAUAUUGGGGAUCCGCAUUCUGGUCAAUGAUGUCCUGCAGUCUCGACCCCAUCCACCCAGCCCUGGGCACGAGAAAACCAGGGGGACCAGGACACGUCGUGACAAUGGACCUGUCACCAGGUACAAUUCCACUCUCAGCCUGAAAGACUAGAGAGAAGCCAUGGGUCCCUCGCUGGGGGUGGUGGGGCCGGGACAAGGAGAUGAAGGUCUUCCAUGCACAGUCCCCCAUCGGGGUGAGGGCCAGACUGGCUCAGCAGCAUCUCAGUUUCUCUUCCAGCUAACUCACAUCCCUUCCCCUUGCUAGGAUCUAAGAAGAAAUGCUGAUGUUGGAUGGGUGGGAACCUGGGUUUCUGUUCACUGAAAUCCGUCAUCAGAUGAGUGCCCUUUCCCGCAAAUAAACUCAGGAAGUACAGCCAGAUCUAUCAGUAAAGGGUGGCAGGAGGCAUGCAGCUGGAAGAAACUGCCAGUGGAGACAGAAGCUCUUUGCUGUAACCCAGGGACAUAUCGGGGAAGGUGAAGUCCCACUAGGAUCGGAGAGAUCUCGUAUGGGGCGAGUAGGGACAGAGAAAA